AUGGCAGGACAAGAGGUACAGCUCUCUGCCGAGUUGAAGGCUCUGGCAAAGCAGCAUGAAGCCUACAAAGUCAAAGCCGCCGAAGAACAUGAACUGGUCGAGGUACAACUCUCUGCUUCCCCUGUCCCCAUGGCUUGUCGAUCUGAACGGUUGGAGAAACUUCUCCACCUACUCGAAGAGAAGGACGAGACUAUCGAGAACCUCAAGUCCGACCUUGACGAUCAGACCGAAAGCCGCCGUCGCUGGCAGAAGCGUGCAACCGACGUCGAGUCGCGCAUCACAAGUGUCCAGCAUGUCCUCGUCCUCCUCGACGGUAAUCAACACUUCUUCAAGAAUGGCCUCGUAAGAGCAGGGACAUUGGGCGCAGCAGAAGCCGUUGGGACUUUGCUGGCCGAAGUGAAGGAGGCUGCCAGGAAUCAACAUAAGAACGACCUGCCUGAGCACAUCUCGGUGGUAGUGCACAUUUUCUCUGACGUUGGAAGACUCGCGCAGGACCUCUCUGCCGCGAAUCUCCUUCCUGAUCCGGACCAGCUCUGGACCUUUAUUCAACAAGUCUGCAAGAUCCAGCCGUGCUUUACGAUCAGUGACUGCGGUGCGGGCCACGAGGCUGUGGAUGCCAAAGUGAAGCAACUCUACGAGUUGUACAUUGAGAAUUGUCACUGCAGACAUAUCUUCCUGGCCCUCGGCCAUGAGUCGGAGUACUACAACAUACUACAGUUGUACAGCGAUGACGACUAUACCAAGGCAAAGACAUCCUUAGUAUUACCUGAACAAGGCUUUCCUCCUGGUGUCAACAUUCCCUUUCACGCAGUCAGCCUAUCCGCGCUUGAUAGCGUUCCUAGAACAGAGAGCUUCUCUGGAGGAAGCAUAUACAAGGCCAACGGAGAAGUGUCCGUCAAUCAGCGGGAAGACAGCCCUGAACACCCGGGUGCUGUCUCUCCUGUCUCCCAAAUCAAGUCUGUCCCGAAUUCCACUCCUGUCACCGCCUUCCACGAUCCCAAGGUCUUACCCUCUGCUCCGAACGUCGAAUACACACCACCGAACGAAGCGAAGCCAUCGUCUCCUCCCACGCAGUCAGAGAAUACAAACCCAGCACGAGCCGAGCCGAAUGGCAUUGCCAACGGUACCCAAGGAUCCAGCUCUGCUGCGGUUGUCAAGCUUGAGUCUUCGGCCCACUCGUCUUCGAAUUCGAACAAGACUGCUGAACAAGGCUGGGAGACAACUCCAGCAGGACACUCGUACGAACCAACCCCUAUCGCUGGCGCCUGGGGUGACGACAGAGCACAGACAAACGCAGCGGCAGAGACCCAAGAGCCCUCAAAACAGACGGAUACAUGGAUAUCUCAUCCCACAAGGCCAUCUUAUGGUAGCAACAACAACGGUGCACAUGCGCCAGCCUGGAGACAGGAGCGUGCUUCUAAUGGUACUUCUUACGCUCCUCCGCGCCGCGGAAGACGAGUUCCUAAGCAAUUCGAGGGAUCUUGGGACGAUAUGAUUCAGCAAGACGAACCCCGAUCCCAACCCUCUACUCAUGGAUCCUCACCAACACUGGCCUCGGCUACUGGACUGGUGACGGCGCGGAAAUCCAUGUCCAACGGUUUCUCCCCAUCGGCAUUCGAGCGGCAGGUGGUCACAACGCCCGAACCGCACCCAACUGAGCGGCCCGUUCGAGCUCCAAUCGCCCUGAACAAGUUCGACCAGCGUAUUGAUUUGAAGCUUCCGCGCCCCUCGCCUGCCGACGAGGAACACUUUCACCUCCGCUCACGGAACCGCAGACUGUGUAACGAACAUCAUUUGCGUUCCAACUGCAACAACCCUCAAUGUACGUACGACCACGAGCCCAUCUCGGACGGUAUGUACCUGGCAUUACGCCACAAGGCUCGCAACCUGCCGUGCUCGAUCGGCCCCGACUGCCGACGACAUGAUUGUUUCGGGGGUCAUCAUUGCUCGAAUGUGUCGAAUGCCACGUCCUGUGGGAGACCGAGAUGUCCGUUCCAAGCCAGAAUGCACGACACCACCGAUCUCGUGAUUGUCCGAACUAUUGAGCCGCCGCCAAAGGAAGGUUCAUGA